AUGGCGGAUCUCGACCGCACCCUCCUCGCCCACUACAACCUCAAGACACUGUAUCCUGAUACCUGGCCGGAAGACAAGGACUUUAGCUCUGAUGAUGACGAAGCACCUGUGAAGCCGCAAGCGGCGAAGCAUCCGGCGAGACGUUCGAAAUCGCGGUAUUCUGUCCUGGACAGGAGUGGAAGCAAUCGAGUCAGUGUGCCUGGUGCGGAAAGAAGUAAAGAUGGUGUAGAGAACUUGGUCCAGAGAGAUGAGCCCGAUCCACUUGGAGCUGCUCCAAGCGUCGUCCAGAUCCUCAAGCAACGCGGGCUGGCAGUGGAAGACGACCCUAAGCUCCGAAACAGAUUCCUACUAUCCUCGACAUCAUUCUCACCGACCUUGUUUCUGUCCCAGGUGCACAAUACUGCGUCCACAGAAUCCCUACUACAAGGACUAGACUUUCUGUCGCGGUCUAUAGAGAAGAAGUCCGCCUCACUGAAGGUUUUGGUGGAAUCAAACUUUGAACGGUUCGUGAAGGCCAAAGCAACCAUUGACAAUGUAUACGAAGAAAUGCGCACUCAGGGUCGUGAUAAUGACCCGCCCUCACCAAGACGUCCCCAUUCAAGGCAUACCAGCAAAUCUGGCCAUCUGCGACAGGUCAGCAACGUCUCCACAUCUGGCUUCAGCCAGACAAGUUCCACCGACAAGAAGAAAAACGCAUUGACCAAGGAAAGCGAAUACGGGGUAGCCGGUAUCAAGACACCUCUUGCAGAAGUUGCAGUGAAGGCGGAAGAAGUGUGGGGUCCCGCCUUAGGAGGCCAGGAAAAGGAGGGAACACUCAGAGCCGUUCUCUCAACCAUUGAAAAGCAUCGCGAUGUGUUCGAGCUCGGGUCGAGCAUAAGAGAUUGCAUCAGGCGAAAGGACAACGAGAUGCUUGUGGAAGAAUACAAGAAGGCGCGCAAAUUCGCAGAGGAAGCGCGGAAAAUGGCAGAAAGUCGGGGACAGAAGAGCUUGAGUGAUUCUGAGAUACAUCAAAUUGUUGUCGCUGCUCGCAUGUGGUCAGACAUCGACGAGCAGAUGGCUUCAUUCAAACGCGAUGUUUGGAAGAGGCUAUCUGGAACACAUUCGUCGAGACAGCCAGGAGACACCGAAGAAGAUCGCCCGGACGAGUAUAUGGAGCUUAUUUCUGUUCUACUAGAGCUUGGUGUGGAAGAAAAUCCAAUUUGGGUCUGGCUCCUGAGUCGCUUUGACUAUCUCAAAAACAAGAUUACGAGGACCACCGAGCGAUCAACGGUGGAGAUAGAGAUUCUGCGGCGUAAGCUGGGCAAUAGUGCGAAGCCUUCAUUGCAACAGAUGGCGUCCUACUUACGUUCAGCUGGUUCACUGGAUAAGCCUGGUACGACGAUCAAGAUAGAUUCUGUCAAGGUCCUCGAAUUCUGGGACUAUGUUUAUUCCGUUAUGAAUGACUUGCUUUCGCCGCACGGCGGCGUCUUGGGCGAGAUUAUCGAGUACUGGGAUAUUGUGCAGUCAUUCAUCGAUGGAAAGGCACAACGUAAACUCCCCCUUGGUCCGAACGGAAGUAGCCAAAAAUACCAUCUUUUAUCAUCUGACGGCAUACGUCAAUUACAGAAAGGAACACAGGAAAUCAUUGGCAUUCUGCGGCAACAUGUCACAACCUUUUUUUCGGAACCUCCUAUCGACGAUGUCUCGAUGCUGUUUUCACCUAUUCCGACGACGCCAAACACACCCUUCUCGGCUCCACCAAGUGCACUCUCGCCUACAAGUGCUUUGUCUCCGCGAAGCGGCACCCGAUUCAAAUUCGACCCAAGUGAUAUACCGCCUCCAUCUCCUCGGAACGGUGAGUCGUGGGAGCAAUUUGCCUUCUGGCCACCUCAUGCCAACGCUCCGGGUGGUGUGUAUUAUUUGAGUAAGAUUCUAGUUCUAGUUGGCACAGCUGCUAGUGAGAUCGCUGGCCUUAGCCUUAUGCGUGGCCGAUCAUCGGAUGAAUUGAAGCUUCUAAUAGGGGCUGUGCGAGAGCACUCUGUACGCGCUAUCUGCGCGGCAUGGAACAACGAUUCGGAGAACUGUCGAAUGCUUGAGGAUUGGACAAGAUCUCCCGAUCGCCGAGACCUCACUAACAUGCCAAAUCGCUUUAUGGCGCUAGAGAGUGUGAUACUUGGAAACCUACAGAAAAUCACCUAUAUCACCGAGGCCGCAAACAAGUCUGACUCUCCGGACGUGGUUGUACCUCCUCCAGCGAAGCUAUUGCAGCAAAUUCGACAACAGUUCACAGCAAGUCUCUACAAAGCUUUGAGCGGCAUGGUAGAAAACGCAGAGAACUUGAGAAAGAAUGAUGCAUUAGUGAAUGGAGAUGGUGAUUCGAUUGUCAUACCCUCUCGUGGUACAUCGGAUGCAGGGCUUAGUAUCAGCAACAUCGAUGCUACAAACCGGAACAUCCGCAUGCUUCUAACUUUGAGCAAUCUUCAAUCGCUUCGGAACGAUGUGGUCCCGCAACUGAUCGCACAAUUCGAGUCGAAUUUUUCGGUAAAGCUCUCGGACGAGUCAAAGCAGAUUCGCGACGUUGUUGAACAAAUAGACAGCCGUCUUUUCAGUGCGUAUACGAAGCCGAUAUCCGAGAACUUGUCAAGAAUAAUCGAGGACGGCAUCGGAUCACCUGACUGGGCACCACCAACGACUCAGCAUCUGAAAGAUGCUAAGCCAUAUGUUUACGAUGUCCUUUUGGCAUUAGUCAUCGUUCACACGGAUGUGUCGACAACAGCCUCGACGCUCGUAGGCCAGAUUCUCAAGUACUUACUUGAGCAAAUAUCAUUGUCUCUAAUAGAAUCUUUUAAGAAGCGGCCGAAGUAUUCCCUUGCGGCACUUAUGCAGGCGACCUUGGAUAUAGAACUCAUGGCGCAGACGCUGGGCAACUAUACGACUAGUAAAGCAUCGGAGACGCAGAGUGCGAUCUAUGUUGUGUUGGAUGAGCGCACAGAUAAUGAAGCGCGGCGUCGAUUGCAGGAUGAACUCCCAGAACUGCGAGCCAUCUUGAAACGGUUAAAAGAAGGUACCAAAGGAGAAUUUGCCUGCUUCAGACGACAGCGACAACACCGCGCUUCCGAACGACCAUCGUCGGAGAGAUCCUGA